CGGAUUGGAGCGAAUCAAUCAUUACGUUCCGAAUAGCGGCCACACAAGGGUGGUCCUGUGAGUGAAAAAGUACAAACUAAAGUAAAGCAAAGUAAAAGUGUACGACGAAUAUUAACAACUUCAAGGACCUUAACAGACGAAUUAUCGUAAACAGUUUGACAAUACAAAAAAGGAUAUCAGUGCAGAUCACGGAUAUAAAAAACUAUUAGUGCUUUGCUAGUAAACGCCGUUGUGCCUUCAUACAUUACACUCUGCUCUACUACUAAUGAGUUCGCAAGAACAACAGACACAAGUCAAGUACAGUGAAGUGAGUCCUUUUCAGAUAAGCGACGGAUUUACACGUAAUACCAGAAUGGAGCCAGUAAAGACUAUACGUAUAUUCAUCGCCGCUAUUGCUGCAAAUAUCUCAGCCUUUGCGGUGGGCACUUGUCUCGGUUGGACGUCACCAAUAGCCCCGAAACUGAAGGCGCAAGAUCCAACUGACUCACCACUCGAUCGUCCCAUCACCACAGAAGAGGACGCAUGGAUUUCAUCGCUUGUGGCGUUGGGUGCUCUAAUAGCGCCCUUCGUUGCUGGUCCACUCGCCGAUAGAAUUGGUCGCAAGUGGGUAUUGCUUUCAAGUUCGGUAUUCUUUGUGUUCGCCUACAUUCUUAUGAUGGUCGCCAGUGAGGUUUGGAUUUUAUAUCUUGGACGUCUCAUACAGGGUUUCGGCGUGGGCUUUGUCAUGACAGUGCAGCCAAUGUACGUUGGAGAGAUUGCAACUGAUGCGGUACGUGGCGCCACUGGCUCUCUGAUGCAGUUGUUCAUAGUCUCUGGCAUUUUGUAUGUUUACGCUAUCGGUCCAUAUGUCUCGUACGUAGCACUACAGUGGUGCUGUUUAGCUGUACCGAUUGUCUUCGAUGUUAUCUUCUUCUUCAUGCCGGAGAGCCCUUACUAUUACGCUGGUAAAGGUCAAAAAACAGAUGCUCUGAACUCACUCCAAUUCUUGCGUGGUCAAAGCAUGGAUGUUGUACAAGAUGAGAUGACCGUAAUUCAGGGUGAAGUUGAGGAGGCUAUGGCUAAUAAGGGUACCGUUGUCGAUCUCAUUAGGAAUUCGGGCAAUCGUAAGGCGCUCAUCAUCUCUGCCGGUUUGAUUAUUUUCCAACAACUCUCCGGUAUCAAUGUCGUGCUCUUUAAUAGCCAGUCGAUAUUCGUUAGCGCCGACACCGGUUUGGAUCCUGCCGUAGCUGCCAUCAUUGUCGGUGCAGUUCAAGUUGGCUCUUCUGGUAUGACACCCAUCAUUGCUGAUCGUUUGGGCCGCAAAGUGAUUUUAUUGAUUUCUGCACUUGGCAUGGCCAUCGGUUUGGCCGCAUUGGGCUCUUUCUUCUAUGUACAGCAAGUAGUGGGUGAUGCCAGCAAUAUCACUUGGUUACCUGUACCAGCUUUAGUUGUCUUCAACAUUGUUUAUUGCAUUGGUUUUGGUCCACUGCCAUGGGCUGUCUUGGGCGAGAUGUUCCCAGCCAAUGUUAAGUCAGUGGCGUCUUCGAUAGUCGCCUCCACUUGCUGGAUCCUUGGUUUUGUAGUAACACGUUGGUACCCCGCACUGGACGCAUUGGGCUCAUACUAUGCUUUCUGGCUGUUUGGCAUCUUCUGUGUUGUAGCAUUCUUCUUCACUCUUUUCGUUUUAUUCGAAACCAAGGGACUGAGUCUGCAACAAAUUCAGGACAAAUUGAAUGGAAAAAGAUCUAACUAAUGUGGGAAAUAAGGGAUAUAUGGAUAUCUGGCGGAGG